AUGCUUAGUCUCAAUAAAUUAAUUUACUUGAAUCCGUAACCUUCAUAUCAUUCCAAGACUUUUGACGGGCAUUCAAAACUUAAACUCAUAUUCAUAAGAACAAAGCUCAAUAAACAUUAAAUCCCUUGUUUAUUCAUUAAAGCCAACUCAGAUGAAUAUCUCUUAUACUUUCAUAGCAAUGCAGAGGAUAUGUAAAUUGUAUUUAAAUUAAAAAGAGGAACUUGUUAUGAGUUUACAUCUGCUUUGAGCAAUGGAUUGAACGUGAAUGUCAUUUGCAUGGAAUAUCCAGGAUACGGGAUUUACACUUAAGCGGAACCUACUUAACAAUAAAUCGAGAAGGAUGCAGAGGAUGUGUUUAUAUAUAUUAAUUUGGAAUUAAGAGUUCCCGAUUCUAAACUGACAAUUUUUGGACGGUCUAUUGGAACUGGUCCAGCUUGUUUUUUAGCAUCAAUUUAUUAACCAAAAGCAUUAAUUUUAUUAAGUCCAUUCACUUCGAUAAAAGCUGUAGCCAAAAAGCAUUUUUACUUUGCUGCAAAUCUAUUGAAAGAUUAAUUUGACAAUGUAAAAAGAGCCAAUAAGAUUGUAUGCCCUUGCAUAAUUAUUCACGGUAAAUUAGAUAAAUUCAUACCGAUUUCAAUGGCAGAAGACCUCUACAAAAGUUUGGCUUCGAAAAGAAAAACUUUUUUCUAUCCUGAGGGUAAAGAUCACAAUAAUUUCAAUUUUUCAUACGAUAUAAAAGAAAUUGUUUUGAAGUUCAUAAAGGAAAUUGAUUAGUUAAAUCAUAUGUUUUUGCCUAAUUGA